CGCGCUCGCACGCGCGCACACACACACACAAAUUGGAUACAUUUUGAAUAAGCUUUUGGUUCCUUAUCCGGGGACUCGCUCGGCGGGCGUGAUUGGCGCAAAGAGUCACAUGGUGAAACUAACUUUACGGGGUCGCCAGCUAGUAGGAGGGUUUUAUGGAGGAAAACGACAAAGCGAGAAAAAUUAUUUUCCACUCCAGAAAUUAAUGAUCAUGAGCUCGUAUUUGAUGGACUCUAACUACAUCGAUCCGAAAUUUCCUCCAUGCGAAGAAUAUUCGCAAAAUAAUUACAUCCCAGACCACAGUCCGGAAUAUUACAGCCGGACCAGGGAGUCCAGUUUCCAGCAUCACCACCAGGACCUGUACCCUCCACCUCCUCCUCCUCCACCUCCACCACAGCGACCCAGCUACCCCGAGCGCCAGUACAGCUGCGCCAGCCUCCAAGGUCCCGGCAACCCCCCGGCGCAUCAGAGGGGCCAUGGACCGCCGCCCGGAGGCCACCACCUCCCCGAGAAACCCCCGCAGCUCUGUGACCAAACGGCUCUCUCCAGCGCGGCCGCCUCGCCGGCCCCGGCCCCGCCGGCUUGCAACCAGCAGACCCCCGAGCAUCCCAGCGGCACGGCCACCAAGCAGCCCAUAGUCUACCCCUGGAUGAAAAAAAUCCACGUCAGUACGGUGAACCCCAAUUACAAUGGAGGCGAGCCCAAGCGAUCCAGGACUGCCUACACCAGACAGCAGGUCUUGGAAUUAGAGAAAGAAUUCCACUAUAACAGAUACCUGACGCGGCGGAGACGCAUCGAGAUCGCCCAUUCCUUGUGUCUCUCGGAGAGACAGAUCAAGAUCUGGUUUCAGAACCGGCGGAUGAAAUGGAAAAAAGACCACCGGCUGCCCAAUACCAAAGUGCGAUCGACGGCUCCGAGCAAUUCUUCCACCGGCUCCAUGGCCGCCGCGGCUGCUUCUUCCAUCCCGGGGGCCAGCGAAGAGCUCUCGCAAAGCUCAUCUCAGGACCAGCGAGCAGAGGAUAUUACGAGGUUAUAAACAAAACAGAAACAGAAACAAACAAAAAAAAAAAACAGAAACCAACCAACCAACCCGUCCCCCCCCCCAACAAAAAUUGACUCUGAUUAUUUAUAGAAUCUAAUAUAUAUCUAUAUAUUUUGGUUCUUUUUUUUCCUUGUAGGGUUUUUUCCCCUCUCCCAUGCGUAUAUAUAUUAAAAAAGGGGGGGAAACACACACAAAAGAAGGAGGUCGUUCUUCAAGAUCUCACGCUUACGGUGCAUGUAUUCUUAGCAUGAGAGGCCAGGUGAAGUACCUGCUGGUAUUUUCUGUUUUUUUAAAAAACGCCAUUUUCAGGGUUUUAUUUAUUUUUUAAAGGGAAGGAGAGGAGGGAUGGAAUGGACGUGUGUGUAUGUGUGAGUGUGUGUGCGUGUUGGGGGGGGGGGAGCAUAAAUGUUCUGUUUUAGAUGAAUAUUCGGGGCAUAUGCUAAUAAUUACACAGGCAAGGAAAGAAUGUAGCUAUUUUGCCCUGUGCGUUUACAAAUGGAGAACAAAACAAAAACAGGGAAUGAGCCCUUUUCUUUCUUUCUUUCUUUCUUUCUUUUUUUUUAUAAAUGUGGGGCAAGGUUUUCCAAAACAAUAAGGGGUGGGGGGAAACAAACAGCACAGGAGCUAGAAGUAGCAGAGAAACUUAAAGUUUAUUUAAAUAUAAGCAGCAAAAAAAAAGAGGAAGGGAAAGCGAAGGAGAAAGUUGCAAGAAAAAAGUCAAUAGCUAGAUUUUUUUGGUUGGUUUUUUUUUCGUCGUGGUUCUUGUGUUUUUUUGGACUGAUUUUACAUGAUCAUUGUAAACUUGCAAUAAAAAAGAGUUUUAGUGUUAUCUGUGAAAAAGUCCCCUUGUUCAAUAAAACCAGUGAGUGUGAACACAGAA